AUGGAUUUGGACUCCCCAUGGGGUGAUGUCCCAUCGCAGUCCCAGUCGGACGCUCCUCGAGAAUCGGGCGCCACUCCCAGUUCGGACAAUCAAAGCAGUCCCGCACCCUCGAAAUCCACCCCCGGCGGCUCUCGGGCUUCUAGGAAGCAACCUGCGCGGAGGAUCGAAGUGCAACCCACGAGGCUGGAAGCCGUCGAUGAUGCCCUCGACCCUCUAGGCCCCCUCGGUGCAGAUCCGAUUCCCGAGUCUUCCGCAUCGACAGACCAGGCACCGACACCGCCGAAGAAAGAGGUCAAUACAAGAGGGGCAAAGCCAGUUACUCCAGGGUAUCCCCCAUCUGAUUACGGAGAGUCUGUUCUGCCAGUCGGCCGAGCAAAAGGUCCUCCUCCUGUACAACCGCAAGCUGGCGCAGCAUCGCGACAAACACAACCCAGUGUCAGCGUUGAGCAGGCAGCCAAACCGACAUUUGAAAUCUAUGUCGGCGACCCUCACAAGGUUGGCGAUUUGACUAGCAGUCAUAUCGUCUACCAGGUGCGGACAAAGACAUCAUCCAAGGCCUACAAAGUACCCGAAUUCGCCGUUUCCAGAAGAUACCGAGACUUCCUAUGGCUAUACAAUUCCUUACAUAAUAACAACCCCGGCGUGGUGGUUCCACCGCCGCCGGAAAAGCAGGCUGUCGGUCGCUUCGAUACCAAUUUUGUGGAGUCAAGACGGCAAGCUUUGGAAAGGAUGCUGAAUAAAAUUGCUGGACACCCUAUCUUGCACCAUGACGCCGACCUCAAGAUUUUCCUCGAGAGCGAGGCAUUCAACCUUGACAUCAAGAACAAGGAAAAUCGCGAACCUGAUCUAGGACAGAGCAAGGGGGUUUUCAGCUCUUUUGGUAUCAACGUCGGCGGGUCGAGUGGGAAAUUUGUCGAGCAUGAUGAUUGGUUUCAUGACCGGAAGAUCUAUUUGGAUGCUCUAGAAAACCAGCUCAAAUCGUUGAUGAAGGCCAUUGAUACGGUUGUGGCGCAACGAAAGGGGCUUGCUGACGCCGCGGGAGAUUUUGCAGCGUCGUUGAGCAGUUUGGCCCAUGUGGAGCUGUCCCCUUUCUUCUCCGGACCGUUACAAAGCUUGUCCGAUGUGCAAGUGCGGAUACGGGAGCUCUAUGAGAGACAAGCUCAGCAAGACAUUCUGACCUUGGGCAUCACCAUCGACGAAUACAUCCGAUUGAUUGGCAGCGUUAAGCAGGCAUUUGCGCAGCGGCAGAAGGCGUUCCACGCGUGGCACGCGGCAGAGAGCGAAUUGGCUAAACGAAGAAGUACCCACGAUAAACUUAUGCGACAAGGCAAGAGUCAACAAGACAAGUUGAAUGAAGUUGGCGCCGGCGUUAGUGACGCGGAGAAAAAGGCACAUCAAGCUCGACUCUUAUUCGAGGACAUGGGUCGACUGAUGCGAGGAGAGCUCGAACGUUUUGAGCGCGAGAAGGUAGAGGAUUUCAAAAGCGGAGUCGAAACAUUUUUGGAGGGCGCAGUAGAAGCGCAGAAGGAGCUGAUUGAGCUGUGGGAAACAUUUUUACUUCAGAUGGACGCCGAGGAGGAGGCCAUCUCUAAAGCUUCAUUACCAGCUCCACGAGAACCCGCGGGCUUGGGAGGUUCGUCGACAGACGCAUCGAACGAACCCGGUGACCAGCCUGCUGCGUCCGCAACCGAUGUUGCCCUUGAACAAGAUGCCUAG